ACUAGGGAGGCCCCUAAAGGAGACUUGGAUGUCCUGAUUCAGCCCUCCUGGAGCACUGCACUUCAGAGAAGAUGACACAUGGCUCGGUGUAGUGUAUGGCUACAAGGGACUGCUGCUGUUGCUGGGGAUAUUUCUGGCCUACGAGACCAAGUCUGUUUCCACGGAGAAGAUCAAUGACCAUCGAGCCGUGGGGAUGGCUAUUUACAACGUGGCUGUGUUGUGCAUGAUCACGGCUCCCGUCACUAUGAUCCUCACGUCACAGCAGGACGCUUCCUUUGCCUUUGCCGCUCUGGCCAUAGUGUUCUCUGUCUACAUCACCCUGGUGGUGCUCUUUGUGCCCAAGAUGCGCAGGCUGAUUACACGUGGUGAGUGGCAGUCAGAGCAGCAGGACACGCUGAAGACCGGCUCAUCCACCAACAACAACGAUGAGGAAAAGUCUCGCCAGCUGGAGAGAGAGAACCGUGAGCUGCAGAAGAUCAUACAGGAGAAAGAGCAGAGGGUAUCGGAGCUCCGCAACCAGCUGGUUGAGAGACAGGCCCUGCGCAACCGACGACGGCCCUCAUCCGGCACCAACCAGAACCACAGCAACCCGUCCCCGCCCUCUUCCCAGCCAGACCCCAAGUCUCUCCUGCCCCCACCCGGUUACCCCAACCCCGCGUCGGACAAUCACUCCUCCUUACCCCCCUCCUUCUCCAACUCCUCCAACCUGUACCAGGCGGACAGCAAGAUAAGUCGCAACCACUGUCACAACAGCCAGAUCCCCCUGCUCUACAAGUGAAGGGGUGGGGGGGGGUGGUGUGCUAGAAGAGCCCAGAGCGUACAGAGGAACGAACACACAUGGAGGCACUGUGACUUUCACUUGUUAUGGGAAAAGAGCACAAGCUACUGACAUUGACAGAGUGAGUGGAGGCACACGACGGCAGAGGGCUUUUACAUUCACUACAGGCUGCUGUGAGGCGAGUCACCCCGGGUAACACCAGUCUUUCUCACAGUCUAUCUCACUGUGGGAACCUGAAGCACUUGUGACUAGUACUACGAGUUAUUGAAUAAGAGACAAGCACAUCACAGAGUAACCCUCAGUCUACUUGUGGAGACAAAAAAAUGGACAGAUCUCCCUUUUUCAUUCCUCCUCUUUCCUCCUUCCCUUUGUUUGUUUUCUCGUUCUGUUGUGCAGAUGUAUCUAGGAUCUCCGGGAGGACUUUGUGUAGUGUGUGUGUUUGCUCCUUUUUGACUCCCGUCUCUGCCUAUUUGUCUUCGGUUUGUUGAAAUAGCGAAGCACAUGUUAAUUGAUUAAUAUUGUUAUUACAUAAUGUAUGAUAUGUUAUGUCAUGGAUUCAAUGUUGUGCCCUAUAUUUAGUUCAAUAUUUUGGGGGGUAAAGGGGUGGAAACUGUUCAAAUGCAAUGAGAGUGGAAAAAACCAGCAGAGUUUCCCAGUGGAUUCAAUUKACUGGAUUUCAUAUCAAAACGCCAUCGAAACUCAAAGUGUAAAGUCAAUCUAACUGAAAGUGAAAUGCCAACAUUAUAGCCAUAUGCAGUAGAGGGUUUUGGAACGGACAACCCUAAUUUUGGGACAAAAGCAAGAUUUUUGUGGAUUUUUGGCUGUACACCUAUUCAAGUACAGCUUUGAAUCUUCAAUCACAUGUUUGCUGUUGUAUGCUCUUGAAUAUAUGAAACCCAUUUGAUAAGGAAAUAGUGUACUAUGAUAUGUAACCUAAUCAGUAUUCUAUGUAUCAUCCUUUUGAACGUUUUCAAUUGGACUUGAAUGGAUAUGUUCCCACAAUUCGAGUUUUCUUGGACACAUCCUAGAUAUUGAAAGGAGGCACACCCGCCUGAAGAUUUUAAAUGGCAUAUUUAUUAUGCAUCAUUCUUCCCACCCUUUUUAUUUUCUUUGUCAGUAACUGUUUUUCCUUUAAGACAAUCUGAAUAUAAAUGUAAAUGUGAGUGUACAUGCCUGUCACCCGUUGGUCUUAUAUUUGACAUUUCUUCCGAAAUGCCCCUCCGAUUUUAUCUUUGUACAAAUACGUUUGUGAAUGUGAUGACGAAGACUAUGUGUAACGGUUUAGUAAAGGAUUCUGACAUGCGUAUACGACAGUUAAUAUAUAUGUACAAUCUCAUUCAUUAGCAAUUCGUCAAAAUGUAUGAAGCAAUGAUAUAACACAGCUUUAUUGGCAAGUAACGUAAGAGACUUUACUUUUCCAAAUAGCAUUAUCUCAUGUUGCACUAUAGUACAAAACAACGUUUCAGGUCGGGAUUUUGUUGCCGUUCUAAUGACAUACUGUAGCUCAGGGUAUAGGAAAGUGAGAUAUACGACCUCUCCAUAGGAAGUUAUUGGGUGGAAUAGUCAAUAUUUAUUAACUGUACAUGGAGGACAUUGGGUAAUAUUGUAAUAUAUGUAUGCGAAGAUUAUUUAGAGAAAUAUACUCUUGCACAUGUAUGAAUAUACACUGAGUGUACAACACAUUAGGAACACCUUCCUUAUAUUGAGUUGCAGCCCCUUUUUACCCUCAGAAC